AUGGGGGCCCGGGACCGAAACAUCUGCACCUUCGGUGCAGACCACGGGGGCCGCUGGAGCUGCCAAGAAAUGUUUGCUGUUAAUGAGCAGCGCUUUGGAGUGAGUUCUACUUACACUUUGGAGGCCUACACGACUCCGCUGCAACCCAGGCGGCAGCAGCAGCAGCAGCAGCAGCAGCAGCAGCGGCAGGAGGAAGCAGCAGGUUACCCGCAGUCCAGAUGGACGCCCCCAAGGCCUGGCUCCCCGUACGCUGCAGCAGAAGGCGCGCAGUCUGCGACGGGCGUGGGCGGCAGCAGCAGCAGGAGCAGCAGCAGCAGCAGCAGCAGGAUCAGGAUCAGCAGCAGCAGCAGCAGGGGCUUGCGUUUGCCUGGUGAGUGCAGCAGACAGUGUUCUGUUCAAGAAGGCCCGGAGGGCCUCAGGGGCCCCUGGCUGGCCCCCGCUGGCGGCGAGCCUGCAGCAGCAGCAGCAGCAGCUCCUGCAGAAACAGCAGCAGGUAAGUACCGCAGCAGCAGCUAUUGCUUCCGAAGCCGAAGCAGCAGCAGCAGCAGCAGCAGCAGAACGCGAGGCGAGGGGGCCGAGACUUCAGUGGAAUAUACUUACAGUUCUUCGAUCUCCGCACUCACGCUAGACAGCAGCAGCAGCGCGCGCAGCAGCAGCAGCAGCAGCAGCAGCAGCAGCAGGCGGCUGCAGGGCCUGUACCGGGAAGAGGCGCUGCUGCUGAAGCAGCAGUUCCGGGACCCGCAGCUGCUGGAGGCGGCGCUGCUGGACUGCUGCAGCAGGUUCUUCCUGCUGCUGCCGCAGCAGCUGCUGCUGGACUCGCUGCACCUCUACUUCCGGCUGCAGGAGGCCUGGUGGUGGUACGUGGACAUCUGGGUGGGCCGCUUCGAGCAGCAGCUGCUGCUGCUGUCGCUGCGGGACUUCGGUUUGCUGCUGCUCGCAGACUGCUGCUUGCUGCAGCUCUUCUGCCCCCUCGAGCAGCACGACGGCUUCUUGAAGAACUGGAGCAGCUACUGCAGGACCAUUCCCCUCAGGGGCGCCGUGCUGCUGAACCAGUCGCUCACCAAGGCUCAGGUGGCAGUUCCCCCGCGGCAAAAUCGACGAGGGGGAAAGCGACGAGUGCUGCGCAGCUCGCGAGAUAAGAGAAGAGACGGGACUGGACAUAUCUGGUUUGCUGCAGCAGCAGCUUUUUGUCGAGGGCACCAUCGCCCCCAGCAGCAGCAGCAGCAGCAGCAGCAGCAGCGGCGGCGGGUGUCAGACGCUCUGCAACAGCAGCAACAGCUACAGCAGCAACAGCAGCAGCAGCAGAUCCGCAUCAGUAGCUGCAGUCCAGAGCCAACCCCAGCGUCCGCUGGAGGAAAUAAGCUGAAGGGCUCUGCUGCUGUCAUCUGCAGACGGCUGCAGCAGCAGCAGCAGCAAAAGGAGCAGCAGCAGCAGCAAAAGGAGCAGCAGCAGCAGCAAAAGGAGCAGCAAGAGCAGCUGCCACUCGCCGAAGCAGCGACGAGAUCUACCUCUCCACCCGACGCAGGAACUGCCGGGUAUGAUGCACAGCAGCAGCUGCAGCAGCAGCAGCAACAGCAGCAACAGCAGCAGCAGCAACAGCAGCAGCGACAGUCUCUUCGGCGUGCCCUAUUGGAGGCAGGCAGGGUCAAAGAAGACACCAAGUUCAAACCUCAGAAAAGAAAGGAAAUCGGCAGGAUACAGUGGUUCCCGCUGCACAAGCUGCCGGGAUACAGCAGCAGCAGCAGCAGCAGCAGCAGCAGCAGCAGACUUUGCUGCAUUCUUCACCGGCAGCAGCAGCAGCAGCAGCAGCAGCGGAUAGUGCUGCUGCCUCCCUGCAGCAGCAGCAGCAGCAGGAGAGCUCGUCGCUGCGCGCCAACACGCCGCGGGCGGCCUCUUGGGGGCCCCCCUGCUGCAGGGGGGCCCCCCUGGCCGCAGCAGCAGCAGCGAAGAGGAGGGCUACGUGCUGCAGCGCGCAGCCUCGCUGCUGCUGCCCUCGGGAGCAGCAGCAGCGGCAGCAGCAGCAGACGCAGCGCGCAGCCACGAAGCGCCAGCUGCCUGCUCCAGAAGAGGCCUCAGCAGCAGCAGCAGCAGCAACAGCAGCAGCAGCAGCAACUACAAGAUCAGAGCUGGCUCCAAAGACAGAGCUCGAGAGCAACACACAACCGCAGCUCUAAGCCGGGCUGCACUGCACUGCGCUGCAGCAGCGGCAGCAGCAGCAGCUUUUAUCAGGUGCAGCAAUUUGUGCCGAACAUCCUCAGGUGGAUUGAGCUGCUGAAGGCAUCUGCUCCUGCUGCUCCCUCUGCAGCAGCAGCAGCAGCAGAAGCUGCAGCAGAAACUGAAGGGGAGGACAGCGGCAAGCGAAAACAAAAGGCUGAGGCGCUGCUCCGGGCCAUUGGGGCGCAAAUACCGAGCAGCAACAGCAGCACUAGCAGCAGCAGCACUAGCAGCAGCAGCAGCAGCAGCAGCAGCAGCAGCAGGCGGCGCGAGAGUAGCGUUGCUGGCUGCUACUACGAGCUGCCUCCCUUAGAUGAGGCGACGCUUCGCUCUCUUCAGUACGUAGACGCAGGUGCUGCUGCUGCUGCUGCUGCUACUGCUGCUGCUGCUGCUGCUGAGGGCGGAGGGGGGAAAACCUGCACAGAGACGCAGGCACCAGAUGCAGCAGCAGCAGCCAAUGCUGCUGCUGCUGCUGCCAGCAGUAGGAGCAGCCGCGCGGCAGUAGCAGCAGCCGCGCAGCAGCAGUAG